UACUGUAAUAAUUUAUAGUUCUCGACGAGCAAGGGCUAACCAUAAGUCUUGUCAAGUUUUUCUGCUUGCGAAAUUUACGUUGUACUAAUUAAUGGUUAGAUUUCAGUAUUUCUAAAAUUUAAAGCCAUCACAUCACAAAUACUGCAAGAAACUUACAAACUUGUUAAUCGGAAUGAAUUCGAAAUAUCGAUUAAAUUAUUUUAACGCGAAAGGAAGCGGGGAAGUUAUUCGAUGGAUAUUUGCGUACGCCGGUGUGGAGUACGAAGAUAAUCGCCUGGAUCCGGUCACUGAGUGGCCAGCUGUUAAGCACAGAGCGCCAUAUGGCAAACUCCCUUUCUUGGAAGUAGACGGUAAAGUGUUAGGGGAAAGUUAUGCCAUUCAACGCUUUUUGGCCAAGAGAUUUGGCUUGGCUGGAUCCAGUGCAUGGGAAGAGGCCGAAGUAGAUGCGCUAGCCGACUAUAUAGCGGAAGUGAAACGAAAGCAGCCCAACUGGGUUGCGGCUGCAGUUUUUGUCCAAGAGGACGAACUUGGAAAAGGUCCCGCCAACCAUGCAUCCCGAGAAGAUUCUCUCAGGGAGGAUUAUUUGCGCGAGUCGGUGUCUGUGUUGAAACGACUGGAGAAUAUGCUACAAAACAACAGUAAAAAGUUUUACUUUGUUGGGGAAAAACCCUCAUGGGCGGACUUUGUGGUUACGCGGUUUCUGGAUGGUCUUCUCCAAUUUGACCAAGCAGUUCUUAACAGAUAUCCGUUGCUUUCCGCACACCGGCAGCAUAUCCGAAAUCUUCACGGGAUCAAUCAUUGGCUGCAAAAGCGUCCAGAUACAGUGUACUAAAUUACUAACGCAUGAAUCUGCGAAAUGUCGCAAUUUUGUAUAUUACAUUGCAUAAUACAUUAACUGUAUAAAUUCUUGUCGUGUAAGAAACACUAACAAUAAUACUUUGUAAUUGUGAGUAUCUCGUACAGUACGUGUCGUUGUGCAAAUUUCUGCGAUAAACGAUACUUCAGUAAUUUUUACUAAUAUUUAACACUGAAUUUAAAUUGAGGGUACCGGUUUCUGUACUGGGUAAAACAUAAUUUUCUAUUGUUAAGUUUUUAAAUAUUAUUUUCGUAUUUUUCUUUUUUUUUGCAUGCUUGUAAGAAAUUUAAGGGUGUUAAACGAAUAAUUGUCCCAGUGCAACAGGCUGACAAGUGAGAUCUUCUGGUACAACACGUUAACGAUUAAAAAAGGAUACAUUAUUUAUAUUAAAAGGGCUGCUGCCCAGUGCCCGGUUAACAUAGCAAUCCGGAAAUAUAAACUUUCAGA